AUGGCCCCACCAACACCCAUCUCCAUCCCCGCCUUCGCCGAAACACAGCUCCAACUCCUCCUACACGAGCACGAAGCCGAAGUCGCCUCCUCCUCACUCGCAUCAACCGCCGCAUCCGUAUCCCCAUCUACAAGACGAACCCUCCAAGCAACCGGCUACGCCCUAACGGGUCUUGUUCUAUCACAAUGCCGCACCGGUCUGGGCGGUCGUGUGGUGGGCGAGUUCACGCCCGAUCCGGCUAUUGCGUCGACGUCUAAAGCUCCGGAUGGAGGGGACUUGAGGGGUUCGGAUGGGCAGCCAAGAUUGGGAUCGCAUGGGAUGCGGGUUGGGGAUGUGGUUCGUGUUAAUGAUGUCUCUGCGGGGUCGGGGAAGAAAGCGGGGAAGGAGAAGGAGAAGGGGAAGGAUGGUGGGAAGGAGGUUAAGGGUGGUCCGGAGGGUGUUGUUACGAGGGUUAAUGAUAAGGCUAUUUGGAUUGCUUUUGGGCAGCAGGGUGGUGGGGGGAGGUCCAAGGAGGAUGAUGAGGCGAUUGAGGAGUUGUGGGGGAAGAAGCUUUGGGCGAUUAAACUUGCGAAUGAUGUUACUUAUAGACGAAUGAGGCAGACGAUGGAGAAGAUGGUCAAAAUGACCGAAGGAGAUCACUCGCAUUUUAUGCGCGUUGCUUUUGGCCAUACCACUCCAUUACAACCAGACUAUGAGGUAACUGGGGAUGUACAGUUUAUCGAUCCCUCGCUGAACGACUCACAAAAAGACGCCAUUCGAUUUGCAUUGGCCGCGAAAGAUAUCGCUCUCAUUCACGGUCCUCCGGGAACAGGCAAAACUCACACCCUGAUCGAACUUAUCAUGCAGAUGAUCCAACGAAAGAAGCGGAUCCUCGUCUGUGGGCCGUCAAAUAUCUCCGUGGACAACAUUGUCGAGCGUCUUGCCCCAAACAAAGUACCCGUGGUGCGAAUCGGUCAUCCAGCCCGUUUACUCCCGUCAGUAAUGGAGCAUUCCCUUGAGGUCCUCACGCAGACUUCCGAUGCAGCGAGUAUCGUGAAAGAUGUUCGCAAAGAAAUGGAUGAGAAGCAAGCCAGUAUUCGCAAGACGAGGACUGGCCGUGAGCGACGGGCUAUCUAUGACGAUCUCAAACUCCUACGAAAGGAGUUUCGGGAACGCGAGUCCAAGUGCGUCGAUAACCUGGUUCGAGAGAGCAGCGUGGUUCUAGCAACCCUUCACGGUGCGGGAGGUCAUCAAUUGAAGAAUCAAAAGUUCGAUGUCGUGAUCAUCGACGAAGCUAGUCAAGCACUCGAGGCACAGUGCUGGAUUUCACUGUUAUCAGCUGAAAAAGUGGUGCUCGCCGGUGAUCACUUGCAGUUACCCCCGACUGUGAAAUCAGCAAACCUCAAAACUAAAGAGAAGAACGGCAAAGAUUCCGAAAAGAGGGAUGAGAGUGACGCCAAGAAGGAGAUACUCAAGGGCGUUUCACUCGAGCGGACCCUGUUCGAUCGUCUAUUGGCGCUGCACGGGCCAGGGAUCAAACGCAUGUUGACGACCCAGUAUCGGAUGCACGAGAAGAUCAUGCGAUUCCCAUCGGACGAGCUCUACGAGUCUAGAUUGAUCGCCGCCGAUUCAGUCAAAGAUCGACUGCUUGCCGACCUGCCCUACGAAGUCGAGGGCACGGAUGAUACUCAGGAACCUCUCGUUUUCUGGGAUACGCAAGGCGGUGAUUUUCCCGAGAAGACUGAGGAUGAUGAUAUCGGCAAGAAAGAGGCCCUGCUUGGAGAGAGCAAGAGCAAUGAAAUGGAGGCCCUGGUGGUCGCUCGACACGUUGACAAUUUGAUCGCGGCUGGGGUGCGUCCCGAAAGCAUCGCGGUGAUCACCCCUUACAAUGGCCAGUUAGCUCUUCUGUCUCAGAUGCUCCGUGAGAAGUACCCCGGCCUAGAACUAGGCAGUGUCGACGGCUUCCAGGGUCGCGAAAAAGAGGCCGUGGUGGUUAGUCUGGUGCGAAGCAAUGCGGAGCACGAAGUGGGUUUCCUCGGUGAGAAACGACGAUUGAACGGUAUGUUUUGGGAUGUUUUCACAUAA